CCCAUUUUCACGGCUGUAUCUUCCUUCCCUACUCUGUGUUUAUUAUCUGUAUGGCAUGAAAUCACGAGCGAUUUCCCCUCUUUUCUUACUCCCUACUCCACUACUAUUCCCCUCUACAGCCGUCGUCACGUUCUCUCUCACUUUCACUAUAAGGUAGAUUGUCCCCACUACCGUCGUGAGUCAUGAAGGAUUUCGUAUCCCAUCACUGUGCUAUACAGACCCGAGGCGCCAAUUUUGGAGUUUAGUAGAUUAGCGGGAGUUGCAAAGUAACGAUGCACUGACCAUUUGGAUCGGAUUACACAUUGAUUAGCAGUGUUCAAAAUUAGUUUUAAUAGGAAGGAGCGAUGGAAAUCCUGGGGAUAAAGUUCGCGCCGUUGAACGUUCCGCUGAAGCGAAGACUGGAAACACUCGCUGCAGCAAUAUGGAUCUUUUCGAUCGGUUUCGGAGAUAUUUGGGGAGUUCUUUUUACCUUCUACGCAAUCUUUUACACCACCAUAUUACGUUAUUUCAUGCUACUCUAUUUUAUUUGGAUGUAUUACGAUUGGGACACGGCUUACAAAGGCGGCAGGAGUAUGCGAUGGGUAAAUCUGUUUAGGCGUAUGACAUGGAUGCGUUACUUCAGCAACUACUUCCCUGUGAAGCUGGUGAAGACUGUCGACCUGGAUCCAAAUAGGAACUAUCUGUUUGUCAAUUUUCCGCACGGGAUUCUGUGUGUGGGAAUGUUCGGUGCUUUCGGGACCGACUACUCAGGCCAAAGGGAUUUGUUCCCGGGCCUAGAAAUCCGUGCCGUAACUCUUGAUUCCCAGUUCAAGGUGCCCCUCUUUCGCGAAUACGCUUAUAUAAUCGGAGGUGUCAGCAGUAACGCGGAAAGUAUAAGAUAUCAGCUAUCGUCGAAGCCCGCACCGCCGUACACCGGGAAGGCAACAAUUUUGGUAGUUGGCGGAGCUGCGGAAUCAUUGGAAUGUCGACCAAAUAUCUAUCGUAUCGUGCUAAAAAGAAGGAAAGGGUUCGUGAAGCUCGCACUGCGGGAAGGUGCUCCGUUGGUGCCUGUCUUUUCCUUUGGCGAGACGAAUACCUACGAUCAGGUCUACGGGCCGCAGGGAUCGUUGUUCAGAAGAAUACAAGAGUAUAUUCGCAGUCUAAUUACUGUCGCACCUGUGAUUAUAAAAGGACGAGGAUUUUUCCAAUACAGUUUCGGUGUAUUACCUCGGCGAACGCCAGUCACAGUAGUUGUGGGCAGUCCUAUAGAAUUACCAAAAUUAGAGGAACCGACGACAGAGCAAAUCGACGAGUACCACGAGAAAUUUAUCAAGGAAUUAGUGAACCUGUUCGAGACGAAUAAACACAAGUAUAUCGAAAACGCUGAUACGGUGCAACUGGAAUUGUUGCCUUGAUAAAUCUCGCUAAAACUUUUGAUAAACACCAGUGAAUCACCAGAGUGAACAAAAAGAUCUAAUAAAUAAGAACUCACUUGAACAGAUACUAAUUUAAUCCAGUUGCGAGUGAUUUCAAUACAUGGAGAAGUGAACCUCGUGCUGUUUCUUUAUUUACAUUGACUGGCAAUUAGUAAAGGAAAAUUACAUUCUAUGUUUUUCAACGACGUAACGUUAUGUUAAUUAUAGUCCGGCCCGAUACUUGUUUAUUAUCGAAGAAGUUAAUAAUAAGUAGACUGCGUAUUACAUGCAUUAAUGACGAAAUUGUAUGUACAACAAAUAUGAACACACUUAAGUGAUUCAUGAAAAAUGUAUAGAAUACUAAAGGUAAAGUGCACAUUGCAAUACUUAAGAAAUAAGAGAAAAUUCGGAAUACAUUUUCUUCAACUGA